UAUUAAUAUUUUAUUUUAUCUUCCUCGUUCACAUAAGCCUUCCUUUUCUUUGACUCUUCUUCUUUUCUUUUCUUUUCUUUCCUUGCUUAGUUCCUCAAAAUUUACACUUCCUUCUUUUCCUGCUGAACUAGCUGCUUCUUCUUAGUUGGAGCUGUAUGCAAUCGUUGGUGCUUUGAUUUUCAACUUUAAAGAAAAAGCCAGUGGAAGAAAUUGAAGUGGUAGAAGUGGAGAUUAUUGUAAAAGGAUAAAAAAGAGGAGGUGGCGGAUGAUGAUGAUGGUUCGUGAUGAUUGAUGGGAAGUAGAGCGGUGAAUAUUGGUAUAGAAAAUGAUAAGAAAGCUGUAACAGCGAUGCCGAGCUACGUUCCUACAGUACCCACUUCCAAUCCCAGGUUGGCAGAGGCAAACGCCAUUCAUUCUUCUUGAAUAGCAGACUUAGGAACCCUUGUGCAAUCUCUUGGAUUUUGCAUAGAUGGCAGAAAUCCUCUAUUUAAUCAAAUACAGUCAAGUACCCAAGCAAUAGCAGAUGCUCAAUUUGGUGCUAUAAAUAAGACACUUGCAUCUGCAGACAACAAUCUCUCUGCUGCCAUUGUGGGCUUACAAACAUUAACGCUUAAAAAAGAUACCUCACCAAAUCUUGUAUCGUUAUCAGCUGGUUGGGAGAAUUGGGGGAAUUCCAAUAUGGCAGAUGCCAGUCCUAGGACUGAUACUUCAACAGAUGACACUGAUGAGAAGAAUCAAAGGUUUGAAAGAGGUCAAACAAAUGCUAUUGUGGCCUCUGAUUCUAGUGACAGAUCAAAAGAUAAAACAGAUCAGAAGACAUUGCGUAGACUUGCUCAAAAUCGUGAGGCUGCAAGAAAAAGCCGGUUAAGGAAAAAGGCAUAUGUGCAGCAGCUUGAGAGUAGCCGACUGAAACUGACCCAACUUGAGCAGGAGCUGCAGAGAGCUCGUCAGCAGGGCAUAUUUAUUUCAAGCUCAGGAGAUCAAUCCCAUUCAAUGAGUGGAAAUGGUGCCCUGGCAUUUGAUGUUGAGUAUGCACGGUGGCUGGAGGAGCAUAAUAGGCAGAUAAAUGAGUUAAGGGCUGCAGUCAAUUCACAUGCUGGUGACACUGAACUUCGUACUAUUGUUGACAAUGUCACAGCACAUUUUGAUGACAUUUUCAGAUUGAAAGGCAUUGCGGCGAAAGCUGAUGUUUUCCAUAUCUUGUCAGGAAUGUGGAAAACACCAGCGGAGCGGUGUUUUCUGUGGAUUGGUGGCUUCCGUUCAUCUGAGCUUCUUAAGCUUCUUGCGAAUCAAUUGGAGCCUUUAACUGAGCAACAGUUUAUGGGUAUCCACAACUUGCAGCAAUCAUCCCAACAGGCUGAAGAUGCUUUGUCACAAGGGAUGGAAGCAUUGCAACAAUCUUUGGCUGAGACGUUGACCAAUGGCUCACCUGGUCCCUCAGGAUCAUCGGGGAAUGUGGCAAACUAUAUGGGUCAAAUGGCCAUGGCCAUGGGAAAGCUAGGGACCCUUGAGGGGUUCGUUCGUCAGGCUGAUAAUCUGCGACAGCAAACACUGCAACAAAUGCACCGUAUCUUGACAACUAGGCAAUCAGCUCGUGCCCUUCUUGCAAUAAAUGACUAUUUUUCUAGGCUUCGAGCUCUCAGUUCUCUCUGGUUGGCCCGACCACGGGAGUGAGAAGUAGAUAUAUCCCAUUGUUUGAGGUUACUCUGGAGAUUGACUGUCCUUUGAUCAAAUUUUAAUCGUGUUCUCCUGGAGCAAUGCUAUGGUUUCAUGUGGGUAAAUUGCUCUUCUUCGACUUUUGACAUCUUCAAGGAUGCAACUAUGGUGCAACUUGGUCACUUUGUUGUAUCUAUAGGUACUUGUUUGACAGUUGCGCUGGGAGGUGGGCUUAUCUUUUUGAAUGAAUUUUCUUCUCCCUUUCUGAUUGAAAAGCUUGUUUUACGAAUCCUCUUUCAUGUUCCAAACGUGCAUACAAUAGUUACACAAUGAUUUCUCUGUUAUAGUCAUUAUGGAGUGGCCACCAAAGUCCUCCAUUUUUAAUUACAUGUUCCAAAAUCCUUAGACGGUGGUGCCUCAAGAAUGUCGAAAAUAAAAGUGUUUUUGUUUUCUCA